AUGUUGCUCAGGGCCAGCCCCAGAAGGUUUCUGGAGCACCAUCUCCUCUUGGUGGAGGAGCCAGAGAAGCAGCACCCAGCUGGGAAACAGCUCCCGACUCCAUCCAUGCCUGAGGAACUCCCCACCCCAGCCCGGCCAGACCCACCAUCCUCCCCCAACCUCACCAACCUGACGGGCUGCGCCGAGGAGAUCCUGCCCUACGGGGACACCGAGAAGGUGGUCAUUGGAGCUGUCCUCUCCAUCAUCAUCCUCAUGACCAUCGCUGGCAACGGGCUGGUCAUCAUCUCCGUCUGCAUCGUCAAGAAGCUCCGCCAACCCUCCAACUACCUGGUGGUGUCCCUGGCUGCCGCCGACCUCUCGGUGGCCUUCGCCGUCAUGCCCUUCGUCACCAUCACGGACCUGCUGGGGGGGGAGUGGCUCUUUGGGAAGGUUUUCUGCAACGUCUUCAUUGCCAUGGAUGUCAUGUGCUGCACGGCCUCCAUCAUGACCUUGUGCAUCAUCAGCGUGGACAGGUACCUGGGGAUCACCCGGCCGCUGACCUACCCCGUGAGGCAGAACGGGAAGCUGAUGGCCAAGAUGGUCUUCAUCGUCUGGCUCCUCUCAGCCUCCAUCACCCUCCCUCCCCUCUUCGGCUGGGCCCAGAACGUCACGGUGGAACGGGUCUGCCUCAUCAGCCAGGACUUCGGCUACACCGUCUACUCCACGGGGGUGGCCUUCUACAUCCCCACGGCCGUCAUGCUGGUCAUGUACGCCCGGAUCUACCAGGCGGCCAAGGCCAGCGCCGAGAAGCACCGCUUCAUGGACCUGCCCAGGCACCCGGGAGGGGAAGGCGUCCCCUGCCUGGAGAGCUCGGGCCGCGGCUCCCGCAGGGAGUGCGCCGCGCUCUCCAAGCUGCUGCGCCAGGACCGCAAGAACAUCUCCAUCUUCAAGAGGGAGCAGAAGGCGGCCAGGACCCUCGGCGUCAUCGUAGGGGCUUUCACCUUCUGCUGGCUGCCCUUCUUCCUCAUGUCCACGGCUCGGCCCUUCAUCUGCGGCAUCCGCUGCAGCUGCAUGCCCCUGAGGCUGGAGAGGACCCUGCUCUGGCUGGGCUACACCAACUCCCUCAUCAACCCCUUGAUCUAUGCUUUCUUUAACCGGGACCUGAGGACUACAUUCUGGAACCUCCUGAGGUGCAGGUACAGGAACAUCAACAGGAGGCUCUCGGCCGCCAGCAUGCACGAGGCCCUGAAGGCCACAGAGAGGCACGAAGGCAUCCUCUAG